AUGGAACAGGUUCAUCGGAAACGUAAAGCAUCCAAAUCAAAACCAGAAGAUGCUUUCAACAGUCUGUCGGAUAAUGUGAUAACUAAUAUUCUGGAUCGUUUGCCACUAGAAAAAGCCGUGAGGACUGCUAUCUUGUCAAGAAACUGGAGGUGUAAGUGGGCUAUGCUCACCCAACUCAUAUUUGAUAAGGGAUUCUUUGAGUACGUUCGAGGACUAGUUGGAUAUAAGCGUUUUGAUGAGAAGUGUAUCAGUAGACUUCUUCUGCAUGUUAAUGGUCCCAUAACAAAAUUUGUCCUCUGUAUACCAGAUAACAUUGUAUUGGAUGUUGAGGAUAUUAAUCACUGGGUUCUAUUCUUAUCUAGAAAAGGAAUCAACGAGUUGAGUAUGAUAAAUAUGCAUGAAAAUGCACUUAAGUUGCCUACUAGUUCUUUCUCUUUGCUAAAUUUAAAACAUUUAAAGCUUCGUAACUGUUAUUUGCAUCCUGCACCUAUUGAUUGUGGUUUUCCAAAUAUUUAA